CAACAUAGUCGUUCCGCGACCAUCGCACGAACCUCUACCUUUCACCUUUUCCUCGCACCCAAACAUGCAUAUCGUCCCCACAACCUUGGCAUCUCCAUCCGAGUUCGCGGUUUGAAACAUGGGACCUAGACUGAGAUCAACAUUCCCUGUGUUCCUGGUUUUCACCAUUGUUUUUGUGCUGUGCAGUUUCACGUUGCUGAAAAACGAGUGCUGUUUGGAACCAGCCCCUGAAGGGACGACCACUCGCACGACCGCAGCAUCUCCGUCGCUGCAGCAGUCGCAUCACGUGACCAAAUCGCUGAGUCAGCUCGGGCAGAUGGACGAGGUGAGCAGGAAUUUCUUGUUCCUGAAUGCGGCAAAAAACAGCGGCUCGGAAAUUCUGGUUGUGAUGCUGCAGAAGAUGCAGGGGAGGAAUAAUUACAGGCAUAUCCGGUUGAAGAGCGGACAUGAACAGCUGAGUAAAAUACAACAGGAGGAGCUGGUGGAUAAAAUUUAUUCGAAACUGCGCCAAGAAGCAGUACCGUUAAGUUUCGAUCAACAUGUGUAUUUCGUGAAUUUCACGUCGUUUGAUAAACAGUCGCCCACUUACAUAAAUUUAAUCAGGGAUCCUGUGGAGAGGAUUAUAUCCAGGUCUUCAAUCAAAACAAGAAAGGGGAGCGAUGAUUUUUUCUAUAAGUGUGUGACGAAAAAAGCAUUAAAUUGUAAUUUUAAAGAUGGUGUACCGUACGACUUAAGUAUACCGUACUUCUGCGGACAAGAUAGUCGUUGUAUGCUUUUAAACGACAAUUGGGCUUUAAAUAAGGCGAAAAGAAAUGUAGAGCGGUACUUUGGAGUUGUUGGAGUUUUAGAAGAACUGAACUCAACGCUAGAAGUUCUAGGGUACAAAAUACCUAAAUUUUUUAAAGGUGUGCAACAAGUAUAUCAACAAAACUUGUUAGGCGUUUUCAAAAACAAUAAGCCCACAAAAGUGCCGGAAAAGAUAAGAAAGGCGCUCAAAGUAAAUCUGAGAACCGAAUAUGAAUUUUAUGAGUGGAUAAAAAGGAGAUUGUUUGCGGAACUUCAAAUGUUAUAUGGUGAACAUCAGUCACACUAAUUUUAAGUUAUUCCUAUUUUUGUAUAAUUGUACCAAAGACUGUAUUUUUAUGUUUAUAAUAAAAUAUUGAAAU